ACUCCAGUUUCCCACUAUCCCAAGGCUACCGCCAGUUCUCUUGGCCUCACUAGUUGCUGUCCCAGGCCCAUACCCGAGUCACUGGGUACGCGAAGGAAGUGGUGAGCAGCUCCUCGAACGAGAAGCUGGUUUAGAGAGACUUAAGCUCCACGGUGAACGCUAGGAAGAAAAGCUGAGCGCCGCUGGGCAUGGGAUGCCCGCUCUACUCAAGGCUGCGGUCGGGCUGGCGGAGCGCCACGUUUAGUCCCCAAGUGUCGCGACGCCCUGCAACCCAACCUCCCGAGGGCCCUCCCCUUAGUGCCUGCCCCCCAAGCCCCGCCCUCCCUUAGCUGCCAGAGAAACCCGGCUGAAGGUUCCGCCCCUCAGUCCCCUCUCCGAGCCUUGUCCCACAAGCCCCGCCCCUCCCGAAGGACCCGCUUUGCGGCCCCACCCCUUAGACUCCGCCCCCUCCGGUUCCGCGAACAGCCUUCCGAAAACCUGGUUGAGGCCCCGCCCCCGGUCGAGACCACGCCCCCCAUCCGCGCUUGUGGUUCCCGCUGAUCUCUCCAAAGUCCCGCGGCCAGGGGUGUCGGCUUUCCGCCGCUGGCGGCCGGUGCUGCGCUCGGUCCCAGCCCCCUCCCCCCGGCCCCUCCUUCGAUCGCUGUGGUCGGGUAGCGCCAGGCGGGCGGCCUGCGGGCGGGCCGUCCUCUCAGCCGUAGCCCACCCCCUCUUAAAGCCGCGGCGGGAAGAUGAGGUUUCGUGAGCCGUUCCUGGGCGGCAGCGCCGCGAUGCCGGGCGCGACCCUGCAGCGGGCCUGCCGCCUGCUCGUGGCCGUCUGCGCGCUGCACCUCGGCGUCACCCUCGUCUAUUACCUCUCCGGCCGCGAUCUGAGCCGCCUGCCCCAGUUGGUGGGAGUCUCCUCUACACUGCAGGGCGGCACGAACGGCGCCGCCGCCAGCAAGCAGCCCCCAGGAGAGCAGCGGUCCCGGGGCGCGCGGCCGCCGCCUCCUUUAGGCGUCUCCCCGAAGCCUCGCCCGGGUCUCGACUCCAGCCCUGAUGCAGCUUCUGGCCCCGGCCUGAAGAGCAACUUGACUUUGGUGCCAGUGCCCACCACCACUGGACUGUUGUCUCUGCCUGCUUGCCCUGAGGAGUCCCCGCUGCUCGUUGGCCCCAUGCAGAUUGACUUUAAUAUUCCUGUGGAUCUGGAGCUUUUGGCAAAGAAGAACCCAGAGAUAAAGACGGGCGGCCGUUACUCCCCCAAGGACUGUAUCUCUCCUCACAAGGUGGCCAUCAUUAUCCCAUUCCGUAACCGGCAGGAGCACCUCAAAUAUUGGCUGUAUUAUUUGCAUCCCAUUCUUCAGCGCCAGCAACUCGACUAUGGCAUCUACGUCAUCAAUCAGGCUGGAGACACCAUGUUCAAUCGCGCUAAGCUGCUCAAUGUUGGCUUUCAAGAGGCCUUGAAGGACUAUGAUUACAACUGCUUUGUGUUCAGUGAUGUGGACCUCAUUCCGAUGGACGACCACAAUGCCUACAGGUGUUUUUCGCAGCCACGGCACAUUUCUGUCGCAAUGGACAAGUUCGGGUUUAGCCUGCCGUAUGUUCAGUAUUUUGGAGGUGUUUCUGCUCUCAGUAAACAACAGUUUCUUACCAUCAAUGGAUUCCCUAAUAAUUAUUGGGGUUGGGGAGGAGAAGAUGACGACAUUUUUAACAGAUUAGUUCAUAAAGGCAUGUCUAUAUCACGUCCAAAUGCUGUGGUAGGGAGGUGUCGCAUGAUCCGACAUUCGAGAGACAAGAAAAAUGAACCCAACCCUCAGAGGUUUGACCGGAUUGCACAUACAAAGGAAACUAUGCGCUUUGAUGGUUUGAACUCACUUACCUACAAGGUGUUGGAUGUACAGAGAUACCCGUUAUAUACCCAAAUCACAGUGGACAUCGGGACACCUAGAUAGCAUUUUGGUACCAAUAAAAGACCUGAGAAUGGCCGGAGACCUCAGAUGGGCGUCUUGGCCAGUCGACUGGGCUGGUCCCUCUCAUUUGUACAGUCUGAAUGACAGUUCAUCUUCCUUAUCAUUCAGACGUCUCUCCAGAUGCCCAGGGUGAGUGUAACGUUUACCCACAGCCUGGCUGGGCACUGGAUGAAGCUCUACAAGUUCAGGGCAAAACUGGUCAGCCUUUGGAGAGGCCUCCUGGACGUGUCACCUCCAAAGAGUCAGAACUGUACACAGCUCAAACCUUAGUGACUGUGGGUCCCAUUCCCACUGUUGACACUGCUAAAUUGUGACAUGGGGAAGAACUUUGCUUUAGUCAGUGAUGUUCAUACUUCGUGACAAAUUGAGACUGCUGCUGGAUUCAGAUUGACAAGAUAUUUCUGGAGUUUUUUUUAUGCGAAAAUCAAAAUUUCAAUCAGUCUCGUGCUCUGUCCCUUUCCAUCCGUAUGCGACUAUUACAAUCACUGUGUGUGUGUGUGUGUGUGUGUGUGUGUGUGUGUGUGUGUGUCUUUUCUUGGCAAAGGAGUUUUAAAACUUGAGCCUGGACCUUGGGGUCCUGUAGUGUGUGGAUUCCAAGGCCUUGCCCUCAGAGCAGGGGCCUGGGCACUGUCACUCAUGUGGCCUGUUUCCAGAUCCCUGUCUGAUUUCUGAAUGUAAAGAGUUUUUUGUUUUGUUUUUGUUUUUAGAAGCAGUUUGUAGUAUUUGAAAGAAUAAAUCAAGUGUUGAUUAUGCUAUAGGUUGAUUUUUGUGUUGAUCCAAAUUGGAAUAGCUAUUGAGUGUUUGAGUCACGACUUUAUUUUUCUGGGCAUGCUAUAUAAACUUGAAUUUCCUAUGUAUUUUUUAUUGUGGUAUUUUAAAUGUGGGGAAAGGAAUUGAGUAUUUUUUAGGGGGAAAAAUUAUGUAUGCAGUAGUGGUCAAAGGAGCCUCUGGUUGAGCUGGCAGGCCAGGUUUUGUAAAGAGCAAAAUUACUUUCAGGUCCCACGCUGAGGGAACAGGUCGGCGGCGUUAUCCUGCCAGACGUCUGGGUCAGGAACUUGGGAGACAGCAUCUGCUUACCUGGCAGAACUCUCUCUCCACUCCCCCAGGUGGGAUGGGUGGAAGGACCCUCAGACACUUAGAACUGACGCCCUCAUGGCCCUAGGCUGUGGGGUUGAAAACUCAGCAGUCAGGUUUGUUUACCGUCCCUCCGAGCCUAGGCACCACCCUCCCUGACUCACCCAACGUUUCCAACUUUUCUCCUCCCUCCCUCUCUUCCUUCCUUCCUUCCUUCCUUCCUUCCUUCCUUCCUUCCUUCCUUCCUCCCUUC